AUGGGCAUAUCCCCUCCAGGCAACCUCCUCGAUCCCACUCUCGCCCUCCACACCAAUGCCGAGACGUACGCUGACUUGUUGAGGGAGAAUCACGACAUUUCGGUCGUCGUUCAGGAGGGCGAGCGGGGCGACUUCAAGGUGGUUGUGAACGACAUCGCGAUACUUGACAAGCUCACCGACCCGGAUCCGUUCACGAAGCUGGCCGCAAAUCCAAAGGCUUUCGCCGAUGCCAAGCCUUACCCGCGGCCUGCGGCGAUGGCGCUCGUCAGCAAGGCCAUCGAGGCAGCGGCGGUCAACUAGGCGGGAAGAGUGCGAGACCACUCGCUCGACGCGGUGCGCCGACAUGACGAGCCUCGGCGACAAGUGCCUUUGUGGCGCACGCUGAGGCUCUGAAGCAGCGGUGCGGCGCGCGUGCGGAACGGCUAAUAGGGGCGAGCGCGCCACUCAUGUGCAUUGCCACAGGGCGUGCGAGCACGAUGGUCGAUGGCGGGAACUCUGCACUAAAGUAUC